AUGGGCAUGGCGAGUUUGGCAUUACGGAUGAUGAUUUUGGCGCUAUUUUGUUUCUGGGCGGAAGCAGAGUACUUGAAAUACAAAGACCCAAAGCAGCCAUUGAGUGACAGAAUCAAGGACUUGAUGAGAAGAAUGACACUUGAAGAGAAAAUUGGGCAGAUGACCCAGAUUGAUCGAAAGAAGCCAGUUCUGAUUUCUCAUUGCCUUCCAACUUAUCGAGACUUUCUUUCAACUGUUAUCAAUAGAACUUUGAUUAGGGAUCCCGAACUUGUUAAGAAAAUAGGGGCGGCGACUGCUCUUGAAGUUAGGGCCACGGGCAUCCCAUACACUUUUGCUCCCUGUAUUGCGGUUUGCAGGGACCCAAGAUGGGGUCGCUGUUUUGAAAGCUACAGUGAAGAUCAUAAAAUAGUUCAGGCAAUGACCGAGAUAAUUCCUGGAUUACAAGGAGAUUUACCAACCAACUAUCCAAACAAUUUUCCAUUUAUAAAUGGGAGGACGAAAGUUGCAGCAUGUGCGAAGCACUUUGUAGCAGAUGGUGGCACGAUCAAUGGUAUCAAUGAGAAUAACACUGUCAUAGACUGGAACGACUUGCUUCGCAUCCAUAUGCCUGCAUAUCUCGAUUCCAUUAGAAAGGGUGUGGCAACAGUGAUGAUAUCUUUAUCAAGUUUGAACGGGAUGAAGAUGCAUGUUAACUAUGAUCUUAUCACUGGAUACCUCAAGAAAAAGCUCAAAUUCAAAGGUUUUGUCAUAUCAGAUUCUGAGGGCCUUGAUAAGAUUACCUCCCCACCGCAUGCUAACUAUACUUAUUCAGUUCAAGCUAGUAUUCUUGCUGGAAUUGACAUGGUUCUACUUCCUGAGAAAUACAUAGAGUUCAUUGAUGACCUGACUUUACUGGUGAAGAAAAAUGUCAUCCCUAUGAGCAGAAUUGAUGAUGCUGUUGAGAGGAUACUAAGGAUUAAAUUUAUUUUGGGUCUAUUUGAGAACCCAAUAGCUGAUCUCACCUUAGUAGAUCAAAUCGGAAGUCAGGAACAUAGAGAGUUGGCCCGAGAAUCUGUGAGGAGAUCACUUGUCCUUCUGAAAAACGGGAAAAAUCAUGAUGGGCCGAUGCUUCCCCUUCCAAAGAAAGCACCGAAGAUACUUGUGGCCGGGAGCCAUGCUCACAAUAUUGGUAAUCAAUGUGGAGGAUGGACUAUAGAAUGGCACGGUCUUCCCGGUAACAUUACAAUUGGUAUGUUCUGAAAUUAAAUUUUAGCUGCAGGUACAUAAUGUUCAAACUAAGAAUAACGCAAAUAUGCAUAUCAGACGUGUU